GCCACAUCGCAUCAGCUAUCGACACCUAGAGAUUUACCACCGCCUCUCCGCCGCCGGUUUCCAUCUCCGACUAGUCAUUUUUUAUCACCAACCACCCCACCUGUUUUUUCUUUUUUCUUUUUUCUUUUUCGAAUUCUUCAAAAUCAAGCCAACUACAAUUAAAAAAGAACACACUUAUUGAAGAACUCACAAUCACGUAGCUCAUGUGACUGUCUCACGCCUCACGCUCUCGAAAGUUCCAUCAAUUUUUAUAUUAUAUUUUUAUUUAAAGAAGAAAAUCAAACCGUAUGAAACGGUUCUGACUUGUGAAAGGAUAGCUCAAACCUCAGAGUGAUAGGAAUGCCGAAUCUGCCGUUCGAGCUCAUCGAGGAUAUCCUCCGCCGCCUGCCGGUGAAAUCGCUCAAGCGGUUCCGCGCCGUCGCCAAAACGUGGUGUUAUUUGAUUGACAGUGACAAUUUCAUCAACCUGCAUCUCCGCCAAUCGCUGAUUUCCACCUCUCACCGCAAUCUGAUAAUCGGCGGCCUCGGCGUUUACAGCGUCGAUUUGGAGGCGCUCGACAAGGCUCAUGUCAUCAAGCCGCCGUUCUAUUACAAAAGCGUCGAUGGGAUCUCGAAUUCCUGCAACGGAAUAGUGCUUGUGAUGAGCGAUCCGCUUGUUCUGUGGAACACUUUCUCGCGAGAAUACAUGACUUUGCCCAAUUGCUCGACUGAGAUGCAAGCUCCGUUUGAAUCGUACGGUAAGGUUGCGUAUGGAUUCGGAUACGAUUCCGAGAGCGAUGAUUACAAGGUUGUUAGGGUUGCGGAAUUUAGGCAUAAGAUAACGCAUAUCUGGAUGGCUUCCGAGACGAAGAUCUUCAGUCUAAGGUCGAAAUCUUGGCGGAGAAUUGGGGAUUUCCCUUAUGCGCUGCCGUUUCUGAGGGGGAAUUGGCGCGUGCACCUUAACGGCGUUAUGCAUACUCUGGUGGAAGAUCCGGAGGAGAUUGAAGCCACCGCGGUGAUAAUGGCUUUUAAUUUGAGGACAGAGAUGCAUACUCCGAUAUUGUUACCGUCAGAGGUCCGGAUCCGAGGUGUUGAUGUUAGUUUGGAUGUGCUUGAUGGUUGUCUUUGUGUGGUUUGCACAAGUAGGCACAGGGUUGUGAUUUGGGUGAUGAAGGAGUAUGGAGUGAGAAAUUCUUGGAUGAAAUUGCUCACAAUUAGCCCUCCGUUGAUAGAACGGAAUGACAUCGUGAAGCCAUUGACUUAUUCGAGGGACGGUGCCAAGGUUUUGUUGAAUUGCGAUGAUAAAAGACUUCUUUGGUAUGAUUUAGCUAACCACACAGCUGAGGAGGUUGUUGUUGAAGGUUUGCCGUUUGUGUUUUAUGCUGAAGUUUGCGUUGAGAGCCUUGUUAAGCUUGAUAAUAGCGUGGCUGAGGUUAAGAAAAAGGUGCAGCGGAAGGAGAAAAGGAAGGGGAAGAUCAGAAGUACAAGGGAUGACUUCUUGUCCGAGGGGUUCAAGUUGGUACUCUAACAUAAGGAACACAAGUAAUAGAAGAAGAGCGGUUGCAUCCAGCACCCAAGAUGUUCUGGUUGCAAGAAGCUGGCAGCUCGGGCGACGAAGAAUUAACAGGAAAAAGUUCACUCAAUUCUUCUGUCAACCUCUUUGUUCACGGUUCCUCCAAGGCUGCUCUUCUGGUAGAGCUGGUUAUAUAGCAUAUCAACAAGAGGUUAUGAAAUACUAUAAAUGAUCUCUUAUACAGAAGGAUGUACUGGGACACACACAGGUCACCUUUUGCUGUUGGAACAGUUGGCAAGUGAUGCAGCCAAUGACAUCCCUACUUCUUUGUAGGAGGUUGCAACACAAGCCAAAGAGGCUGAACCGUUUUUUUUAUCUGAGUUCUCUUUUGUGAGUGCUCAAAGUUUCAGUCCACACUAUACUAUAACCCAAUGCAUAUCUGAGUUGUCUAAUAUUACAAAAACUGAUACAUGUGCGUGCGACUGCUAACAGACAUGUUUGGUACUGUAUUGACUUUGAUGUGUUGCGUUUGAACUCUCAGUUCACGGUAUAUAUCAGUGGAUAUUUGUGACGGUAUUAUGAUAAAAACACCACCUUCAUUUUCA